GUCUGUGAAGAGAUUGGACUUUUAGAAAAAGAUUAUUUUGGUCUCAGGUAUUCAGGAAGAAAGGGAGAGAAACUGUGGAUGAAUUUACGUAAUCCACUGAAACUUCAGCUCAGAGGCAGGCAACCAUACAGACUGUGUUUACAAGUUAAAUAUUUUGUACAUCCUCAAGAACUACAGCAACCAAGUACCAGGCACCAGUAUUAUCUCACCUUAAAAUCUCUUUUAUUGGAAAAUCAUUUUGAACUGACAGAAGAAGAGCAGACCAAAUGUUGGUCUUUGAUAGCACAGUCUGAGUAUGGAGACAAAGUGGAGGAUCAACCUGUAGACUACCAGAGGAUACUCCCAAAUGUCAGUGACAGCCACUACCCAGCAAUUAUUGAAGCUCAUCGAUCUCUUAAUGGCCUAACACAAAGCUAUGCAGAAAUAGAAUUCCUUAAACUGGUCAGUGAAUUGGAUUCUUAUGGUGUGGAAUUCUUUAUUGUACGUAGUGAACAAAGACAGAGUGUAACUAUUGGUGUUAAUAGUACGGGUUUACAGGUACUACCUAAUGAGAAGUUGAAUGAGACACAAAAAAUUCCGUUUGAGGAUAUAAGCAGAGUAUCUUACCAUCACAACCGAUUUGUUGUGCAUUAUUACAAAAGAGCAACAGAAACAGAUCGCGAGUCGUCAACUACAUGUCUUAAAUACAGUCUUCCAUCUCGCAGAGCAGCACAGGGUUUAUUUCGUGCAUUUACAGAAACACAUACAUUUUUCAGGUGUGAAAGAGUUGAGUCAGUUGUCAGACAGCAGCAUUCACAUACAGGUCUAGGAUCACUGGUAGCAUUGGUAAAACCAACAACCUGUAAAGGGAAAAUCUUUCAGUUUGAUGUACAGAAAACAAGACGACAGGCAUAUGACAGUACAUGGAGCAAACUACAUCCACAUAGCUGUAGUGUUUACACACUUGGUUCAGAGCUGUCAUUAGCUGAAUCAAUUCAAGGUGCUUCCAGUAACAGUGCUGGUUCAUGGGAUCUCAGAUCUGGUACUCUAGAAAGAUACAUAUCUCAGAAUAUUGCUUUCAUUAAAACAGUCGAUGAUAAUAUUGAAGAGGAGUCUAGUAUUAUGUCUACGGACCAGUCAAAGGUCUCCACAAAUUCAGACAAAUCUGAAACAAACAGAACAUCAAGAACAUCAACACACAAUGACUUAAUCCUAACUUUACGCAAUGAAGUGACACAAUUAAAGGAAUCUCGUCUCUGUCAGGUGUGCCUUGAUAAUAAAAUUUCAACUGCUUUCUGUCCAUGCGGUCACAUGAUGUGCUGUGUGCCUUGUGCUCAGGAAUGUAAAAAGUGUCCUCUCUGUCGAGCAGAAAUAACAUAUAUCCAAAGAGUAUUCUAUCCAUGCGACUGAUGAAAGCAGCCUUGUGAUUGGAUGACAUCUCAUAUUCAAUGAGUUUUCUUUCCAUGUGACUGAUGAAAAAACCUUUCUGAUUGGAUGACAUCUCAUAUUCAAUUAGUUUUCUUUCCAUGUAACUGAUGAAAGAAGCAUUUUGAUUGGAUGGUAUCUCAUAUUAAAUGAGUUUUCUUUCCAAGUGUCUGAUGAAAAUAAUCUCCUAGUUGGAUGAAUCUGCUAUAAUCUUUCUCUUUGACUGAUGAAAGCAGCCUUGUGAUUGGAUGACAUCUCAUAUUCAAUGAGUUUUCUUUCCAUGUGACUGAUGAAAGAACUUUUCUGAUUGGAUGACAUCUCGUGUCCAAUUAGUUUUCUUUCCAUGUAACUGAUGAAAGAAGCCUUCUGAUUGAAUGGUAUCUCAAGUGACUGAUGAAUAUAAUCUCCCAAUUGGAUGAAUCUGCCAUAAUCUUUCUCUUUGAUUGAUGAAAGAAGCCUGGGGAUUGGAUGAUAUUUGAUAACCAUCACUGUGAGUGUCCGAAUUGGCAUUCAGCUCCAAAAGAGUUUGAAAAAAAAAUUCUGAAUGAAUGACAUUUGGUAAUAUUCAUACAAAAUAGAUUAUCUCCAUGUGAUGGAUGAAAGAAGCCUUCUGAUUGGAUUAAAUUGUACAAUGGCUGCCAUAAAGAUUAAAAGCUGUCUCACAUCUGAUACACCAGAGAUAAUGGCUGAUAUGUUACAAUAAACAAAUCUGAUCCAUCUA